CUCGUUAAUCGUUUGUGGUUGUAGAGUGGUCGUACUGAGUGUGACCAAUAAAACAUCAUGCACGGCCACCAGCUUCUGCACCGUCAGUCGGUUGUUAAAUCCCACUAAGCGUGGUUGUAAGUCUGUAAGUGUCCAAGCAACAACAAAAAAACGACAAUAUGAAAAUCAUCUUAUCAACGUGUAUAACUUGCUUCCUGAUGCUGGCCGUCGUCGAAGCACGUCCCCAACGGUUAAAACGCAGCGAUUUCAUUUUUCGACCGGAUGAAGAGCUAACGUGGGAAGAGCGGGAAAUCGCCAUGCGCCGGGGGCACACUCAGAGCAGUGCCGCCAAUACGGCUUCACAAACGAUGGUAGGCCCGCAAGGAAUCGGCCAGCAAACAGCCGGCGGAAGCGUAUCCUCCAAUUUGGCCAACGAUGGGUCCAGUGGGCAGCUGAGUGCCGCCAAUACGCAGCAACAGUCAUUCCAAUCCGGAGACAAGUUCCAGAGCCAAAACAGCGGACAGAGUCAGUCGGCGAAUUUUGGCAAGGAUCAUCAGCAGAUGUCCAACGCCAAUACAAAUACCAACACCGUGAAGGAUGGUGCAAACAUUAGAGAGCAGACCGAAGGCGGAGCUGCGUCGUCGUUGGUGGGCAAACACGGCAGCCAGGCCAGUCAGGCUCAAACCACCAACGAAAAGUACGUGACCAACGGUCAGCAGGGAAACAGAUCGACAGGAUCCAGCCAAUCGCAGAACAUCGGAAAGGAUGGAUCUGGUCAGGGCGCGAACAGCAACACCGGAGUGGAAACGAUCGUACUUCCCGAUGGAACAACGAUAACGAAGUCUUUCGGUGCGUCGUCCAGUUUUCAGAGUAGUGGUAAUGUGAAAGUUGGAGCCCUCGCGAGCGGAUUUUCAAAUAUGUUACAAGGCUAGAGUGCGUCAUGAGAGCUGAUAAUUGGUAUUUGCUUUUGUUUGUGUUUCGUGUGUGAUAAGUCAAUCAGUAAUAAAUGAUUUAUUUAGACGAAUAUAAA